AUGUCUGACAAGCCGCAGCCGAUCGCCGCCGCCAACUGGAAGUGCAACGGGACCACCGCCUCCAUCGAGAAGCUGGUGCAGGUCCUCAACGAGCACCACAUCAGCCAUGACGUGCAGUGCGUCGUGGCGCCAUCCUUUGUGCAUAUCCCGCUGGUUCAGGCCAAGCUCUGCAACCCCAAGUACGUCAUCAGCGCUGAGAACGCGAUCGCCAAGAGCGGCGCCUUCACAGGUGAGGUGUCUAUGCCGAUAUUGAAGGACCUGGGCGUCAACUGGGUCAUUCUUGGCCACUCGGAACGCCGCACCUACUACGGUGAGACGGACGAGGUCGUAGCACAGAAAGUUUCGGAUGCCUGCCUGCAGGGCUUCAUGGUGAUUGCUUGCAUCGGGGAGACGCUGCAGCAGCGUGAAGCGAACCUGACAGCGAAGGUGGUACUGGGUCAGAUGGCGGCGAUCGCCGCGAAGCUGCCGAAGAAAGCGUGGGGCCAAAUCGUGCUGGCCUACGAGCCCGUGUGGGCCAUUGGUACCGGCAAGGUCGCCACGCCCGAGCAGGCACAGGAGGUCCACGCGCUUCUGCGCAAGUGGGUAAGCGAGAAGAUUGGCGCCGACGUCGCCGCGAAACUCCGCAUCUUGUACGGCGGCUCCGUCAGCGCCAGCAAUGCCAAGACGCUCUACAUGAAGCACGAUAUUAACGGUUUUCUGGUCGGUGGCGCGUCCCUCAAGCCGGAGUUCCGCGAAAUUAUCGAUGCCACCCAGUGA